CCAUUCCGUUACGUCCACACAAAACGCACCCUAAAGAAAACACCGUUUGUCGACCACGUCUCGUCGUUUUAACGCAAUAUCAGUCUGCUGGCUUCGCAGAUAAGAACGCACCUCUCGUUCUCUCAGCUGAGCACAAUCCAUACUCACAUUGCACAGCGCAGAAACUAAAAAAGCUUCAUCAAAUCUCUGAAUUUGAAGAAGAAGCAGAAGAAGAUGUCGUGGCAAACAUUUGUGGAUGAGCAUCUUAUGUGCGAAAUCGAAGGCAAUCAUCUCUCUGCUGCCGCCAUCAUCGGCCAAGACGGCAGCGUUUGGGCCCAGAGCUCCAACUUUCCUCAGUUAAAAUGUACUCACUGUCAGGCAAUGAGUCAAAAAGAAGUUUGUAUGUAUUCCACCCAUCAAACAAUGAAGUACAAGUGCAAAGAUUGUAGAAAUCAAGGAUCAGUAUCUGUUAUUACUGGACAUGGUCAGCCGAUUGAAAAUAAUAAUGAAAAUUAUACUACGCUUAUGCAUUUUAAUUGCAAAGGAUUUGAACCCCAAGAUUUCAUUUUUAGUGGAAUCUGGAGAGCUACAUCUUUGGUUGACGGCAAAGAUUACGAAUUUAACUUUCGUCGUAGGGUUUUCCAAAUAGGGAGCAACAUGAAAAUUUCCAACUUGGAAUCCAAAUUUGAAGUGGUUCGUAAUUAGGAGCUGCAUCACCAUACAAGAUAAAUAAUAUGUAAUGAGAUAUAUGUAUUAGCUGGAAGGAAUAUAAUAAAUUAUUUACUAUGGAUUUAAGUAUGUAUUGCUGGUUUUUCCUUUUCACAUGAUUCUUUAUAAUAUUAAUUUUAUUUAGUAUUUAA